CCCUCCGCAGAGGCAGGCGCUGGGGGCUCUCCUGCGCCCUAGCAGCUGCGGGAGCUUUGCAAAUUGCAAAGGAGGCUCUUGCAGAGCUUUGUGAACCCUCCUCUCCCCGAGCCAGCGCCCCUCCUCUGCAGCGCUGACGGUACAACGAUAUAAUAAUGAUGGGUGGUUGAGCCUCGCAUUUGAACUUGCAGGCGAGCUCCCUUUGCCCACAACUCGGUUCAGGCUCCGCAGCUCGGAGUCAGGUGCUCGCCGGUGGGGUGGGAGGGGAGACCGAGCUCUUGGAGAAGGGGAGACCCCGGAACCACCGUCUCCUUCCAGCAUUAACGAGGGAUUUACUCUUUCAUGCGGCCGCUGGUAUCUCUGGACUAGCUUAGCCACCACGUUGAGAUUUUUUGCAAUCUCUGCAACACGCUACUUUUUAAGGUCAAGAUGUUGUUAAGUAUAAAGAGUAUCUUAUGGAUGUGCUCUACAUUAGUUAUAACAUGUAUGCUACCUAAAGUUAAAGCAGAAAAAAAAACCCUGGUAAAGGGUUCCCUCUCUGGAACUUCAGUCCUGCCAUGCUUCUUUUCAACCACACCCACUAUAGCCUCCAGCUAUGCAGCUGAGUAUCUUCGAAUCAAAUGGUCAAAGGUUGAACUGGACAAAAGUGGAAAAGAUGCGAAAGAAACCACAGUGCUGGUGGCCCAAAACGGCAACAUCAAAAUAGGUCAAAGCUACAAAGACAGAGUGUCUGUUCCGACCCAUUCAGAGGAGACUGGAGACGCUUCGCUGACGUUCUCCAAGCUGCGUGCCAGUGACGCUGGGGUGUAUCGCUGCGAUGUCAUGUACGGAGUUGAGGACACACAAGGCAUUGUAUCGCUGGCUGUUCAGGGUGUUGUAUUUCACUAUCGUGCAGCAACCAGCAGGUACACUCUGAAUUUUACACAAGCUCAGCAGACUUGUCUGGACAAUGGUGCUGUCAUAGCAAGCCCAGAACAACUGAAAGCAGCUUAUGAAGAUGGAUUUGAGCAAUGUGAUGCUGGCUGGUUGUCUGACCAGACUGUUAGGUAUCCAAUUAGGCAUCCAAGAGUUGGCUGUUUUGGAGAUAAAAUGGGAAAGAAAGGAGUCAGAACAUACGGGCGCCGUUUUCCUAAUGAAACUUAUGAUGUGUAUUGCUAUGUGGAACACAUGGAAGAUGAAGUGGUUCAUGUCUCAGUCCCUGAGAAGCUCACCUUUGAGGAAGCUAAAGAGCUGUGUCGGGAAAGAGAUGGCGUUCUUGCCUCUGUUGGGAACAUGUAUGUUGCCUGGAGGAAUGGCUUUGACCAGUGUGACUAUGGCUGGCUGGCGGAUGGAAGCGUUCGGUACCCAGCCUCGGUGGCAAGGCCCCAGUGUGGUGGAGGUUUACUUGGGGUGAGAACCCUGUAUCGCUAUGAGAACCAAACAGGCUUUCCUUACCCAGAUAGCAAGUUUGAUGCCUACUGCUAUGAACGUAAAAAAAUUGUAACAGAGCCUACAACUAUUAAACUGAUUACAUCUCUGAAAACUGACAGUGUGAAAUCAGCAUCUGCUAAAGUUACUCUUGAACCUCCUCUAUUUGAGACUUCGAUUAUUGAAGUGGCCGCCACCAAAACAGAGGUCCCUGCAUUGGAGAAAACAACCCUACAGACUGAAGAAGAUACAGAAAUGACUCCUGAUGUGGCUGAGGAAAAAAGGGAAAUGGAGGUGCUUAUGGAGAACAUUAACUUAACCACCCUUCUACCUCAGACGGUCACAGAUGGAGAAAUAAGCACUUAUGAUACACUGGGAAGGACUGAAUAUGAUGUUUCACCCAGGUUAACAGAGAGCACAUCUGCAGCUUUGGAACUGGAGCCCACUUACUCUGAAGCAGAAUUGCCCGAGGAACAAGGUAGGUCUGAAAGCAUUGAGGACGCUUUCUUGACCUCUAUAAUUUUUCAGGAUAGCACAGCUGUAGCUAAGAGUUCCACUGGUUCGUGGGAAGCUGCUGAAACAGGAGAUACUCAAAAACACGAUGCCGACAAUCAGACUGAACAAAUAGAAGUGGGUCCUAUGAAGACAGCUACAGAUAGCUUGUUACCAGUUUCUCGGAGAGAGUUUCCCAGGACAGGGACUUCAAUUUCACUAACAAAAGAGAAUAUAUAUCUUGGUGCCCACCCAACAAAAGAACCCACAAAAAAUUCAAUGGAGGUGAAAUCUGACAAGAAACUCACGACUGUUGUAGUCCCUAAAGCUUUGUUCACUGAGCAGUAUGAUCUUACUACAGAGGGGGAGGGCAGAGAGAGCAUGUACACCAUUAUGCCUGAUAGAGUUUCUGGCAUGGCUACUGGUAAUGUCCCAGAAUCAGAUGUGCCUGCUGCAUCAGAGACACUCAUAGAGAAGUAUGCAGUAACCACUGGACAGUUUUCUACAGCAGAUGAGUCAAGUCCAUUGGUUAAAUUUAGUUCUGCAAUGGUGUUUGAUAAUGAAGCAUCAGCUGAAGGAAGCAGAGAGGACCUGAGAGAUGUUCAACCUACUGUGUCAUCUGUAAUACCUGUAUCCUUUUAUGUAUCAACUGUUAAUGAAACCGGACCUGAGGCCGUCACUCUCCCAGGAAGUACUGUUUCCCCACAAAAAUUUGGAGAAGGCAGCACAUCUGUUAUCCACUUGUCUCAGCAAAUGGAAGGAUCAGCCACUUUAGAGGAGCAGGGAAAAACAAAAGAGCCAGAAGUGAGAACAAUGGAUGUUAAGAUCCCCCAUGCCACAACUGUAAUUCCUACUCGUGUUACAGAAGAACCUGAGGGACAUCCAGCAAGCGAGAAGUUCACACAGGCUCCUCCAGCUUCUGACAUGUGGCUUCCAACAGAUAAAGAUCAGGGAUAUAUGACAGAAGAGUCAUCUCAUACUAAGAGAAUAUAUGAAUUAGAUACAGAAGAUGGUAUCUCUGGAAUGGAGCCUACAUCAUCUCCAGGGCAAAUUACAGAAUAUAUAAAGCAUCCAGGAGCUCCAAUUUCAGCAGUUACAGAGGAAGCUGAGACAGCUGAUUUUGAUCAAAGUAAAGAUAGUACGAGUGUCUCACACACAAGCAUCUCUUUGGAUUUGGAAAUGAUCACAGUACCCAAAAUAUCAGUGGAUAGAAGUAGUACAACAAUGAAGUCCUUUAGCUCCUCAAGUGUUACUGCAUUACCAACUGCCAUGCCCACAGUCAUGGAGGUAACUGAACAUGAAGGAGAUGAAACAUCAGGGUAUGUUUUGAAAACAUCCAUUCCUACCCCAGAAGUUGAACAAAGAGAGGCUACUGAGACAUCAGUAGCAACGCCUGGUGAAGAAGUCUCUACUGAAAUGGAGGUCUCAAAAUACACAUUGACAGGGAAAGGCCAGAUAAGCAUUGCAACAUCAACUGGGGAGCAGUCAGUGGCAACACUUCAAGACAGAAAGGAAACACCACUAACUGGCUUUGGAGGGACAAAGGAAUCUAUUACAUUUACAGAUGUAACAAAGGUAGAUACUACAGUUCCACAGAAAGAACAUGAUGCUUUCCUAGUUCCAGUUACUGUAGAGAGUGAGGUCACUAGAGAUGUGCCAAUUACUGAUCACACUCCUUUUGAUGGUAUCUUUCACACAGAAGCAACAGAAACAACUGCAAAAGAUAGUGAGAUAUUCCCAGAGGAACUCUCCACGAAAGAUCAAGAUAAGGAACCAGGUACUGUGACAGAGUCUAUCUUAUCUGUGACAUCUGUCAAAAUACAUGAACAAAAGACAGCACCAGGAUCUGAAUCACCUCAGACAGCUGUUCAGGAAAAACAGGAUGAGAUAGGUUCAGCUUAUGAUGAGAUAUAUCCAAUAACAGAAGCAUCAGUGCCUUUAGUGAAGCUCACAGAUUAUGGAAGAGUUCUGGGAUCUAAUGAAACUAGCACUGGGACCUUGCAUCUCACUGUGACUCUGAAAGCUGAAACUGCUACUGAUCAAGAAAAGAAGGUCACUGAAGUGAUGCCUAUAACAGUGGGUACCCAAGCAAAAACAUACGAAAGCAGAGGAACCCCCACCAGGGAAGAAGACAGUGAUGUAGUGACCUCAAAAUCUGAGUUGACCCCUCACAUGAUGCCAACAGGUCGUUCUACUGUGGAAAGCAUCACUCAUCUGACUUUGGGAGCUUCUCCAAGCCAAACUCUGGAAGGUUCAGGAGUAUCAGAAGAACCUGAAGAAAUCAAACCAGCUAUAUUUUCAGCUAAUGCAACAGAUAAGGCAACAAUUCUCAGUGAUGUAACACCAACUUCCAUUAGUGCUGUAGACAAAAUUCAGCCUACAUCAGCAUCCAAACCUUUUGUCACUCAAAAGUCACCACGUCUCAUUCCUGAGGAAGAGGAGGAAGUAACAAGCAAUGACAUCAUGAUAAUUGAUGAAUCGAUUUCUCCCAGUAAAACCACUGCUGAUGACGAUCUGACAGGAAAGUUGUUAGAACCAGAAAUUGAUAAGGAGUAUUUCACAGCAUCAACUGCCACUGCAGUUGUGCGACCAACUGCACCACCCAAAGUGAAGGAGGCCACAGAGGCUUUACAACCUCAAGAGGUGUCUCCUUCUACUUCACACCCUGAUAGUGGAAAUGACAUAAGAUUGUAUGUUAUUCAAAUCACAGGCAAUGACACAGAUCAUCCGGUGAAUGAAUUUUUGGAUCUGUUCAAUCGCCACAUGCUUCCUCACGCAAUAGAUGAACCCCACAUUGAUGCAGAAUCAGCUCAGACUGAACCCUGUACUUCAGACUCUGUGCAGGAUUCAUCUGAAUAUAUAAUAUUGGAUCCUUUCUUUCCAAACUUUAUAGAGUUUGAGGAAGAGGAAGACUGUGAAAAUACUACUGAUGUUACAACUCCUCCAGCUUUGCAGUUCAUCAAUGGAAAGCAACAAGUUACCAGUGCACCUAAAAGCACAAAAGCUGAGGAAGCGAGAAGUGACCAAAUUGAAAGUGUUGCGCAUUCCAAAAAUGUAACCUUUUCUCAAAUCAAUGAAACAAACACAUUUAUUAUACCUGAAACUGAAGCUUCUGGUACUAUGCAACCAAGCAAAGCUGGAGAAGUAGUAGGGGCGUUUGAAGUUACACAACCGACAGCAGAUGUUGCAAUGUUAGAACCAGUUUAUAGUGGUGAGUCAGAAGUUGCCACAACAGAUAAAUCAAUAGCCAUUACUUCUUCAUAUGAGAAGUCUCUGCAAAAAAAUAUAGAGACCGUAACAUGGCAUGGAACUGAGGAGAGCUCAACAAAAGAUACUAAAAACUUCCUUUUGAUUACUGGCGAGUCUUCUGGAGAUGGCUCCACCGAAUCUGGUUUAUCCAGUUCUGUCUCCUCAGAAAUUGUGACUAUGUCAAGAAAGGAAGAUGAUGAAAAAAAUUCUGGUAUAACUUCUGCUCCUGAUGCAUUCACUGUGGAAAAUUCUGCUGUAACUGCUUCUCUGGAUGCAGUUUUAAAUACUGCUGUGAUAGGCAUAGGUGUGAAAGACCUUAUUCCAGAAGAGGCAACCCCUGCUCCAGGAGAUCAUUAUAAAUCAACAGUUAAACUUAAUGCAAAUUCCCCUGUUGAAAAUCUUCUGCAAACAAGCAGUAAUACAGCAAAGCCUGUGGUGAGUGCUGCUUCCUUUAUAGUUCUAGAAGGCUCUGGAGAUGUAGGAGAGGAUAUCACUGUAACUUCAGCCACGACAACAGAAACAGCAGUAACAGAAACACUUUCAGUGCAGGAUAUUUCUUUGGGCUCUGGCACAGUACUGCCAACAGAAGUUUCUGUAACCAUUUCAGAAAUCAGCUCUGCUUUGCCGAGAGGAAUAAGCACUCAUUAUUCUGCUUUUGAUCAAAAUUCUGAAGUAACUCUUGCCACCAAUUCUGUGUCUGGGUUUAUUACGGAAGAAGUAGUUGCCAGCUCUCUUGUAACUGAAAAGAAUACUGAAGAUGAAAAAGAAAUACAGACGACUGUUUAUUCAAAUCAGGAAGAAUCAGCUACUACUGCAGAAGGCAAUUUGAAGUUGAAAGAACAUGAGAGUACUGCUAGUGAAGUCAGAACUGUAAGUCAAGAGCCCACACUGCUCAGAAUAACAGUACCCAUAGCAAGUACCAUAAGUUCUGAAAUCAGAAAGGUCACCACCGUUCCUCUCUUGAGAGAAAAGGAGCUUUUUAUAAAUGAAGGAUCAGCAGAUGAACCAGCACACAUAUUUUCAGGGAGUCCGACAAGAACAGUGGUAAGUACUGACUCCCCAUUUAUUGAGCCAGGUUCUGGAGACACAGAUGUUAUCAUUGAGUCUGCUACUUUGACUUCAGUUCCAUCAAGGUCUGUCACUGAAACACAAACAGAAAAGCGUGAAGGAAAAGUUUACAACAUAGAUGAUGCUUUGCUGAAGAAUGCAACAACAGAAUAUGAAAAACAUGCAACAACAGAUGAAUCAGCAAUAUCAGGUUCGAGUACUGGGUCAGAUGGCUUGACAAAGGAGUCUGGCAUAACAAGUCAGAUGACCCAGGAGUUGUUUAGUACAGGAAACCCUGAAGAACAAAACCAGGAAACAGAGCAAACUUACACAGCUCCUUCUGAAGUCAAAUUUAGUCCUAGUUCUAUAAAAGAGAUAAUAUCUCAUGUUGCACCAGGAGAUAAACCUGAAGAUUUAGAAAAUGGUGAGGUCACAUCAUCUCCAGCAUCAGUGGUUAGUAACAACCCUCAUGACAUGGUGACACACGGUACCGGCAGUAUAAAAGCAGUAGCUGAAUCUACAGAAAGCAAAAAUGCAAAAGUUAGUCCUCCAACUGUCUCAUUAGGCAAGAUUCUCCUGAUUGAGCAUGGCUCUGGAGAAGAAUUCAAAGGUGACAGCAGCACCACAAAAUUCAUGUCUAAUGUACCUACGGAAGAAAUACUUGGAACUCAUUUCUCAUUUACUGAUCAGGGAUCUGGAGAAGCAGACACAGUAAUUGAAUCAUUUUUAAAAACGGCAGUUUCACCCACUGGGAGACUAGAAACACAAGAGCAGUACACCAAAGGAGUUGUCAGCACACCAUCUAUGGAUCAUGCCCUCACUACCAAACCUGAUGAUCUGGUCACAAGUACUGAACAUGAAGUAACCACAAUGGGAACUGUAACUGACAAAAGAACGAAAGAGAAAACUAUGGAUGAACUCACAGUGAGAGCUUUUACUGUGAAGAUUCCUUCAGUGGAAGAUACUCCUUCUGGAGAAGACGGGCCAAGGGAAAUUUCACCUGAAGUUAUAGAAUCUUCUGAAGAGACAACAACAGACCGAUUCUUUAAAAGUACGCAGGCUAACCAUGAACAACUGGGAUUUUUAAAUGUUCCAACUCUCGGUCCGUAUUCAGAAGAAAAGGAAUUAGAAACUGAAUCUGUUAAAAACAUACUUUUGCCAUUUAAUGAUGACAGAGUAACUGAGCCUGUAAAUAUUGAAAGGAAAUACAUAAGCUCUCCAGUUACAGAUACAGAGCAAGAGGAGGACUUGUUACAAAAUAUCUUCCCAACAAAAGAUAUUCCCAUGUCACUCCUGACACCUAAAGAAGAAAAGCUAACAAAUAAUGAGCUCAUCGGUGAUCCAUUAUUUUCAGGACAAGGAUCGGGAGAUGACCUUGUUGUUAUUCCUUCUGUAGUACCAUUGAUUGUCGAAGAAAUCGUGAGUCCUUCAAGUCCUCAGACUUCUCAUCCUACAAAUAUGGGGCCCAAACUUUCAACUGACAAGACACAAGACUUUGAAAGGAGCAGUACUGAAUCAAAUGCUGAAGUUAAUGAAGAAGUUACAAGUGCUGUAACUGAGCAGCUGUCAGAAACAGAAGACCAGUUCCCCAGCUCGGUAAUUACCAGUUCCCCAUCUUUAGCAGAAGAGAGUUCUAAGGGCUUCAGCUCUGAAGAGGUUAAAGAGAUGACACCUUAUUUUGUUGCAACAGAAGAACCUCACGAUGAGGGAACUCACUAUAGGAGAGAAGAAAAUGAAACAGAUAGGACAACAGCUACUUCUAAAGUUGUUUCUCCAGAGCAGACUUCAUAUUUGCUUGUUAAAGAUGGCGUAACUCCUGUUUCUGCAAUACUGAGUGUAACUCCUAAUCUUGAAAUAGAAGAAUCACUUAUAACAUCAACAACAAAAAUGCCAGGCAGAAUAUUACCUGAAAGCUCUGGAGAAGGAUCUGGCUGGGUUGGUGUUUUGGAUUCGUCUUCUCCUGAAAUGUUUACUCAUUUGUCAAUACCCCUUGUGUCAAAGGCAGAGCUAAAUGCUUCAUCUGCUGUUCCUGGGGAGCUUUAUUCUGAAGUUAUGACAACAGAGGCACCGAUAAGUGGAUCACAGACUCUGAUCACACGACAACCAUCCCUUUUUACAGAAGAAAAAGAGAUCGUGGCAAAUCCGUCUGCUGUUCAGCCAAACACAGCUACAUCUGAAGAACUAACAAGUGAUACUGGAUUAUAUGAGAAAAUUAUUCCCAUGAUUGAUGAUAAAAGGAGUGUUUUACUGAACGUUUCUGUUUAUGGUGAUAUUACACUAAUUGAAGAACGACUUCAAAUCCCAUCAGAAGAAACAACUAUUAUAGACAUGGAUCACUCAAAAUCAAUACCUGAAGAUAUAAUAAGUGUGCAGACAAUGCCAAGUUCUGUCAUACAAUCAACAUAUGGCAGUGAUGACAGCAUUGCAGCUGAAGGGGAGAAAUAUGAUUCAACACCUAAAUUUUCCAUAACCAAAGAGAAGACACUUGAAUCUGGUGAGACUCUUUCUUUGGCUACUUCCAGUCAGCCACGUAGUGAAUCAGUAACAGCUGGGCACAGACCAAAAGCAGAUGACAAGGAUUUGGGUUCAGGGAAUGCCUUGAAGUUCACAUCUGAAACUCCCAUCACUACCCAACUCUCUGAACUGGGCAUUUUCCUUCCUACAGUACCAUCACUGGCAAGCCCUCAUGUGCCUCCUGAGUCUAAACAUGAUGUAACAAGCACAACAGAAAACACCUAUGAGCUGAAUACUUCAUCAAACCACCAAGUAAUAGCAGAUCAAAGUGAUACAAACUCUGUUUCUGGCUUCUCUGGAAUGGGCCAAGAAGAACUGGAUGAUAAGCAGCCUGUGGUUCCUUCUCUGACACCAGUUUUAACUGAGACAGAAAAGUCUUUGACAACUGACAUGCUUGAUGUAAGUAUUGUCACCACUCAGCAUACAUCUCAACAGACAACUGUAUCAUCUAGCAAGAAUGAAGAAAGGCAUCCUACAGUGUACACAAACAUAAAAUCAGCAUCCACAGAGUAUGAAGUAACAGAUUCAGUGAGCCUUUAUUCUGUACCUCAAACUCCUAAAUCCUCAGUAACUGUUCAGCUAGUUAAUGGAGUGUCUGAGUAUCCUGAGGUAAUCAUUCCAAGCACAUCAUCGUCAAAGGAUUCAGAUCAGUCUGAUCAUUCAUCAGAAGGAACCUUCAAAGAGGCUAGUUCUGAUAUUGCGGCAACAUACAAACCACCCACUAUAGACCUUCUUGGCACAACAGAGUCUUCUCUGCUGGAGUUUUCUCCCAAACCUGUUUCAGAAAUCACAACUACUGAAAGUACUGCUCACUUUAAUGGACUUGUGACAGACAGGACAGAGGAGACUGAGACCUCUGUAACUGAUUCAGCUUUUGAGGAAGGAGCUACUGUUUCUGGAGAUUCUCCAUCAAUACAUGUCUUGCCUACUGCUUUUCUCAGUUUCAGAGAAAAAGCAAGCACAGAUGUUCCAAAAGUUAGCACAAUAGAAGUUGAAAUGCCCUCAAGUAGAGUGAACAACCCCCACCAAGAAGAUGACAGGAGCACUGAGGGAGAGAUCCCGUGGCUUUUUUCCACACCUGUUUCAGAUUUACCCAGUAGUAUUGAAAGUGAUGUAUUUAAACCUGACCAGGAAGCAGUUACAGUGCUAUCCUCAUCUUCCCAACCUUUGGAUAUAAGCACGGAAACACCAUCAGGUUUGUUUGGUCAAGAGGAGAUCACGACAGUUCCUUCUAACAUUGCAACAAACAUCACUGCCCCUGGAAACAGGCUGUAUCAAAACGAGCAGUCAACGAUGAGCUCUGAGGAACCGUAUACUAUUGAACUUGUAACUUCAUCUUUUUCCCUUCCGGAAGUCACUAAUGGAUCAGAUUUCCUGAUUGGCACCAGUGUGGGUUCAGUUGAAGGCACAGCAGUGCAAAUUCCAGGCCAAGAUCCGUGCAAAAGCAAUCCCUGCCUGAAUGGUGGUACCUGCUAUCCACGUGGUUCUUUUUACAUCUGUACAUGUUUGCCAGGUUUCAACGGUGAGCAGUGUGAAUUAGAUAUCGAUGAAUGCCAGUCUAACCCAUGCCGGAAUGGAGCCACAUGUAUAGAUGGCCUCAAUACGUUUACUUGCUUGUGUCUGCCAAGCUAUGUAGGUGCCCUCUGUGAACAAGACACGGAGACCUGUGAUUACGGCUGGCACAAGUUCCAAGGACAGUGCUACAAAUACUUUGCCCACCGGCGUACGUGGGACACAGCCGAAAGGGAAUGCCGUCUCCAGGGAGCGCACCUGACCAGCAUCUUGUCUCAUGAGGAGCAGAUCUUUGUGAACCGUAUUGGGCAUGACUACCAGUGGAUUGGCCUCAAUGACAAGAUGUUUGAGCGUGAUUUCCGCUGGACUGACGGUAGCCCACUGCAAUACGAGAACUGGCGACCAAACCAGCCAGACAGCUUCUUUUCUGCUGGAGAAGACUGUGUUGUUAUAAUAUGGCACGAGAAUGGGCAGUGGAAUGAUGUACCAUGUAAUUACCACCUCACCUACACCUGCAAGAAAGGAACAGUGGCUUGUGGUCAGCCUCCUGUCGUGGAAAAUGCAAAGACCUUUGGGAAGAUGAAACCUCGUUACGAGAUCAACUCCCUUAUCAGAUAUCACUGCAAAGACGGUUUCAUCCAGCGUCAUAUUCCAACCAUCCGGUGUCAAGGGAAUGGAAGAUGGGAUAUGCCUAAAAUUACUUGCAUGAAUCCAUCCACAUACCAAAGGACUUACUCUAAGAAAUACUACUAUAAACAUUCUUCAUUGGGAAAGGGAACAUCAUUAAAUUCGUCAAAACACUAUCAUCGCUGGAUCAGGACAUGGCAGGACUCAAGGCGCUGAGAGCUAAAUGGUGAAUGGGGAUUUCCACCAUUUCAGCCAAAGUCAUAACUUUCUGUGCCUUUCUAUCACUUAUAGGUGUAUUAUCAAAUUGUUUUGAAACUAUGGACUGCGGUAUUCACAAUGCAUUUUGCAAAAAUACGGUGUUUAUCAGAAAAUUUAAAAAUAAAAAAAAAAGGAGAAGUGCUUAUGGGGAUAAAAGGAAACCAUUUCCAGCCUAUAAAGAUUAUUAGUUUUCUAUAUGCCAUCGGUGUGGACCAUUUUAUGAUAUAUACCAGCCUUCUGCAAUAUUUAAACAGCUCAAUUUUAGCACCAAUGAAAAUGUAAAUAAGAUGAUUUUAAUGUUGUUUAAUUGUGUGUUGUUUUUAAAAUCCUGUAUAUAAAAUGAAAAGUCACACUAAUUUCAGGCAUAUUUAUGGUUAGAACGGCCUCAGAGGUCUUCAGUCAUUUAUGACAUUGGUUUUAUGUUGUUUACUUAGGCUGGAAAUGGUUGAAAUAACUUCACUGACUGAAAUUUGCUAUUAUCAGGUGAAGAUAAACACACAAGUUACAUGACUUUCUUUUAUUUUUUAAUGGGAACUGUACCAAUUCCCAUCCAAGGUACAGUUUGUGUCCAUGUGAUGCAGAGUUCAGACAGAGCACAUAAAAGUGGCAUGAAGCAUGAACUAGGGACUCCAAUGUGGAACUUUUUUUUCUGCUCUCCAUUCCAGCUUCACCAUUCAUGAGAAAGGACUGCAUGGAGGAGUUGUGUAUGACAAGGAGGGCCUGUAAAAAUCCAAGUGCUAAUACAUUAACUUUAUCAACCAGGGCCACAUUUUUUUGAAAAGAAAAAAAUUGAGAAAAAAAAAUUUACUUUCACUACAUUAACCACAAGGUCUAUAUUACAGGUCUCUGCAUUCUAAAAUGGAGAUAGACCUGGUGUUUGGGGGAUUUUUUUUUUGUAAAAAACAAACAAAAAUCAAAAAAGUAAAUAAUUUUGUAUAUAUAACCAUUUUUUAAUCUUUUUAUAAAGUAAUGAAUGUUUGUGUAUGAAUGCUGCAGCUGUGAAGCGUACAUAAAUAAAUGAAGUAAGCCAUACUGAUUUAAUUUAUUGGAUGUUAUUUUACCCAUGCAAAGAAGAUUAAAAGAGCUCGCCAGUGCAGUAUUAGCCCCUGAGCUCCACUUUUGGAACCAUCUUUCAUUUCAACUGCUAUUUCCCUGGAGAACAAAAUUCCUGCUAAACAGGAUCAUUUGUUUGCGGUUAGAUGGGUGAGAACUGCGUGACUUACAGAAGAAUCAGAAUCUUGGCUUUCUAGAAAGAAGUGUGUGCACAAAGAGAUUGUAGGUUGUAGUUGGUGCAGUGUGUACGUAGGAGUUUUUCUAUUACGAUUUCUUACUCUGGUCAGCUUGAUGACUGACCUGGAUGUGUACAGUAAGCGUAGAAGGUAACGUUUGAAACGACCUCUCCACAGAAAGGACUGUUAUUUCUGCAAAGUGCCUUGCACACCUUUGGGCACAGGAUUGAAAAAAAAGGAAAAAAAAAAAAAAAGAAAAAAAAAGAAAAAAAAAAAAAAAAAAAAAAACAA